AUGUUUGAAAAAGCACUGAUAUCUGUAUCUAAAGUAGAGAAUGUUGAGUUUUUGUUGCGAGUAACAAAGGCAAACACAGAAUUAAUAACGCUACUCAGUUGUGGUGGUUCAAACUUGCCCAUUUUCUUCCAUGCUGUUAAAUAUCGUAGAGCUGAGAUUUUCAACCUCCUUCGUGGUUUUCGCUUUAAGAAUGUGGUGGCGUCAAUAGUUGAUGGCGAGACCUCAAAUACCUUGCUGCAUGUGGCAGCCCUGUUGGCUCCUUCUUCCUACCUUAAUGGCAUCCCUGGUGCCGCAUUACAGAUGCAGAGAGAACUGCAAUGGUUCAAGGCUGUUGAGAGUAUGGUGGAUCCUGUAGAUAGGCUAGCUGUAAACAAGAUGGGGCUGAACCCCAUAGAAUUAUUCAGAGAAAACCACACAGACCUGAGGACUGAAGGAGAAAAGUGGAUGAAGGAAACAACGUCUUCUUGCUCGGUUGUUGGGGUUUUAAUUGUUGGCAUCAUGUUUGCUGCAGCUUUAACAGUUCCCGGAGGAAACAAUGAGGAUUCAGGGUACCCAAUACUUAUGAAGGAGAAGUUAUUUAAAGUUUUCUUAAUUUCAGAUGUACUUUCCUUGUGUUCGUCCACUAUAUCUCUUCUCACAUGUUUAGGAAUCGUCACAUCACGCUAUGCAGAAGAAGACUUCCUUUACUCGCUUCCUACAAAAUUGAUAAUAGGUCUUUCUAUGCUGUUUCUUUCUAUUGCAACCAUGAUGAUUUCCUUUUUAGCAACCAUAAUGAUCAUGGUGCAAUAUAAUUUUUCACGUUUAUGGGUUAUUGUAAUUGUUACUGUGGUUGCUGGUGUUCCAAUAACCCUCUUUGUAUUAUUACAAUUCCCUCUUCUUGUUGAAGUAUUCUUGUCUACUUAUGGUCCAGGCCCCUUCAAGAAGGUGGAUGAGUGGCCAUGA